AAUAGGAUAGAGAGACUAGUACUGAAUGUUUGACAGAAAACGAAUAUGAAAGUCAUUAUGUUGUUGUCAAUGGUAUUAAGUUGUCUGAUUGUUGGAACCUGUACUUCACUUACAUCAAGAGACGUCAUGCCUUUAGUGUUGUUAGAAACCACAGGAGAACACGGGUGUAAUACUGACAUGAAUGGUAAUAUUAACCGAGAUGAUAUUGAAUGGUGUAGAUUACCACCUGGUAAACAACAUGAAGUAUAUGAGAAUCACACAUAUUAUCCAUCUCUAUCUGUUUGUGCUGUAAUAGCUAAAAAUAAAACGUGUUUUAGCUGUAUUAAGAAUAACUGGCAUCAAACUGAUUGCGAUAUAGCUUUCCGUGAAAAAAGAAGUAUUACGGCGAUAAUUGGUGCUGUAGGUAUUAUAGGUAAUCUACUUAUAAAUGGGAUUAAUACCAUCUGCAAAUUUUUUUGUAAACAAGACAGACCCCCUCCGCCACCACCUAAGCCUCCAAAGAUGACUUGUCCAGAUUUUCCAACAGAGCAUUAUGUACGGCCGGGGGAGGACAGUGCUGAAGUAGCCUGGGUUGAACCAUCAGCUGUAAAUGAAGACGGACAGGGCAUAACGGUGAAAAGUUCGGGUGGCAAGAGUGGCUCAAGAUUUAGUCCUGGUCGGCACAUGAUUAUAUUUUCUGCUACAGAUGAAAAUGGAUAUCAAGUAAAUUGUUACAAAUCAUUUGAAGUUAAAGUGAAAAAAUGUAAAUAUAUCCAAACACCUGCUCAUGGUAGAAAAGCAUGUGACACACAUGUUGUACAGGCAGGAGGAAAGUGUACGUUUACAUGUGAUGAUGGUUAUAAGUUAGAUGGGAAAUCGGAAUUACGCUGUACUGAUAAUGCGACUUAUGACCACAAACCACCCAAAUGCAGUGCUGAAGAUUGUGGUAAUUUGACGACCCCGGCUAAUGCUAAACCAUAUAAGUGUCCAGAUGGUACCAACUAUCAAGAUACCUGUUCAUUAACCUGUGAUACUGGAUAUCGUCUUACUCUAGCAUCGUAUAGUAUAUGUAGAGCAGAUGGGCAGUGGCAGAAACCAUUACCAGAAUGUCAAGAUAAUUCUGAUCCUGUUUUCCAGAAGUGUCCACCGACCAUUACAGCUUACGCUGACCAUGGAAAAACGUUUGCUACUGUUACUUGGGAGGAACCGACAGCUACUGACAAUUCAGGAAAAAUUGUACUGUCUCAGGAGCACGGUCUACCUUCUGGAUCUGCUUUUCCAAUUGGAGCACACACCAUCAAAUAUGUCGCUAAAGAUUCAGACAACAAUGAAGCUUAUUGUUUUUUUGCAGUAUCUGUUCAAAUGAUUCGAUGUAACAUACCUACCUAUGACGAUGACAACAUGGAUAUCAACUGUCCUGAAUAUAACUAUGGUGCACAGUGCAGCAUUAGUUGUCGAUUCGGUUUGCCUCUAGAAGGACCAAAAGUCAUUACCUGUGAUAAAAAUGACACAAUACCUCCAAAGGGUUACUGGAACCAUGGGACGGGUCCAGUUCCUCACUGCAAAGAAACCAAAUGUCCAAAGUUGAAUGUUCCUAUAAACGGAGCUCUUGCCUGUGCUGAUUGGCUAAUGGGAUCUUACUGUAAUAUGAUGUGUAAUGAUAAGUUUGAUCUACCCAGAACUGUCACAUCAAGUCCAAACUUUCUGUGUAAUUGGAACAAAGGAACUUGGAGUACAACUGAUGUUCCAGACUGUACAGAAAGAAAACACCCAAAACAGAUGGUAUUACCCUCAGAACUCUAUUAUUAUGGUGGUGACUGUUCAAGUGCUACUACCCAAGCGCAAAUCAAACAAAACUUCAUGCAAUAUAUGACAACAUCCCAAUGGAAAGACCAAUGUCUUCAAGAUAGAGAAUGUAAAAUAGAAAAUGUGAAAGUUGAAUGCGGUGCCACAACCAGGCGAAAACGGUCACUGCAUCCUUGGUCAAGAGCAACACGAGUGAAACGCUCAACUGAAGCCGGAACAGCUACCAUUUCUUGGAAGUUUGUCAUUGGAUUUGCUGUCGAUUCGGACUCCACUCUUGAAUUGUCCAGAACAAUUCACGAUGCAGCACUUAUGAAUAUGGCUUAUAGUGUCGAAAGUGAUAUGAAAGCCGCCAAGUUAAACAGCAUUGCUCCCGGCUUUACUCUUAAAGACACUUCUAUGUUUAUUGAUUGGACAGAUUUUGAAUGUAAAGCCGGACAAGUUGCUAAAUACGCUACCGUCACAUGUCAUGGAUGUCCAACAGGUACACGAUAUGAUGAUGUUACUUAUGAUUGUGUUAAAUGUGAUAUAGGAACCUAUCAAGAUGUUGAUAGUUCUACUACAUGUAUACCAUGUCCUCCUGGUACAACCACAAUCACUACAGGUGCUAGGAAUAUCACUUACUGUAAAGGUAUCUGUUCUGCUGGAAGUGUAUCGCCAACUGGUGUUGAACCUUGUGCUGAAUGCCAUGCUGGUUUUUAUCAACCGGAUAAUGGUAGAAUUUCUUGUAAAGCUUGUCCAGUUGAUACAUCCAGUAAUCCGGGUGCCAUUUCUAUCACAGACUGUGAAGGAUUUGAUGUUCUUAUAGAAGGCGACAAUGUGCUACAGACAACUCUUAUUGACACUAAUGUCAGCGAUUUUACACUAUUGCUAUGGUUUAAAAUCACCAAGGCAUCUGGUAACGGUGUUUUACUGUCGUUCAUUGAAGAAUAUCUUGGCGACCGCCUUUUACUGUCCUUGGGAACUAAGUUGAAGGUUUCUAUUGCAGGGUCUCAAGAUUUCACGAUGCCUUUAUCCACUAAAUGGAACCAUGUUGCUGUUGUGUGGACUCAAAAUACCCAGCAGAUAUCAGUGUAUGUUGAUGGAACCCCUCUACAGGUUCAAAACAUUUCAUCUAUUUCUUCCUUGUUACUACCGUAUGGUACCAACAUGACCUUACGGAUACAGUCAAAUGAUAGUAUACAGUUUCGAGCAUUAGAUGUUUUACAUGGUGGUAUCUCUUCUUCAAAUAUCUCACAGCUAGCUGCUCAGUGUUCAUCCAUAGAGUCCGACGCAAUAUUUAAUUUAAAGGGAAUUCAGACAUCUAUGAGUGGAAUUGAACUUGUUAUACCCAGCACAUGUGAUGCAUUUGAUGAGUGUGAAAGUUCACCGUGUGGCAGACAUAUUUGUCAUAAUCUAGCAGGUGGGUUCCGUUGUGAAUGUCGUGACGGAUAUAAUGGUGCUACAUGUUCCCAGGCUCCAAACUAUUGUCAACAAAAUUAUUGUCUAAACGGUGCUACCUGUACGUACAAUAGUCCUUCCAACUAUUCUUGCCACUGUACUGAAGAUUUUAGAGGUUCCAGGUGUGAAAUCCCAAUCGUACAUGGAGGAUGGAGUGCAUGGGAUGCAUGGUUGGAGUGUAGUGUUACAUGUGGAAGUGGUACCAUAUCACGCACUCGUACUUGUGAUAACCCACCACCAGAUGCUUAUGGUAAAAACUGUGAAGGUUCCAAUAAAAAUAUUGAUAUUUGUCACAGACCUCCAUGCCCUGUAUGUUCAUCAGAUGAUAUCCAGUUGGCACCACACGUAAGUAUUAAUUGUUCUACUGGUACCAACAAGAUAGAUUGUCAUUUAUUCUGCAAUGAUGGCACUGUCUUCCUGGAAGAACCGAUGGUCUAUACAUGUGAAGAAGGGAUGUGGAGUCCUGGAAUACUUACUAAACCUUGUACCAGAAUAGUAUCUCCGAUAACAUUGGAAAUAACCAGUCGAGUCAGAUACAGACAUGUAAAAUGCAACACACUGGAAUCAGAUGUAUUUGCUUAUAAUGUACGAAAUGAAGUGGAUUGUAUUAAAGAUGGCAACUGUAAUUAUGACAUAAUAUUACCCAAGUGCCAAGGCAAUCAUAGAAUUAGACGUAACACUAUUGAUGGUGUUGUUAUUGAAGUCAGACUUUGGAGAGAUCUACCCGAGAGUGAACUUGAUAUCACCAGUUUAAGUCAAAAUAAUACAGUAACUGGACAGCUGAAAGUUGUAACUGAUAUAUUGUUAGAAUUAGAGAGUUCUGGUAAUAAAUUAAAGAAUAAUAUUAGCCUGGUAGUUGGUAAUGGUGAUGGUAAUUAUGUUGAACCAACAAAUGUUGAUGUAACGGGGUCUGUAAUAUGUCCCGUUGGUUCUGUUACAAACCAUGGUAUAUGUGUAAUUUGCCCAGUUGGAACUUCUGCUGUUGAUAACCAGUGUGCCAAGUGUAGCAAAGGAUUUUAUCAAGACGAGGCUGGACAAACAAGUUGUAAAUCAUGUCCAGUGGGUUAUGCCACCCAAUACCCAGGAACCAUAGAAAGCACCAUGUGUUCAGUGAGAAUAAAUCCAGUAUAAAAUGAUUACGAAGAUGAACAGUACAGAAAAUCACAAUGUUAAAUCAUGGCUAUAUUUAUCAUUAUAUUAUUACGCAAAUAAAAUGUCAAAUAACCCAUAAAGAUGAAGACCAGGCAGGACUAGGAAAGAAAUGCCUGUAAAUGGGACCACUUACUAACCCAAAACUGAUUUCCAUGCUGGUAAUCCACAUUGGGUUUGAUCUGACUUAAUAGUGAAACACAUUAAUUUAUAAUUAUAUCUUUCUGCCAUGUCUUGCUGCAUUGUUUCUCAAUGACGUAUGCUUUUUUCACAGAUAUUUAUUUUAUUUCCAAUUUUAUUUUAUAUUUCAUUUAUUCUACCAGGACAUAAACUGUUUAGGACCAUGUAAUAAUACUCAUGUUUGAUUGAUGUCGUAAUUGUGGUAAUACCCGUUCCUGACUUCACAAUUUGUAGAAAACACGAUUCAAAGGCUGUAUAGGUAUAAGUCGAAAACUCGUAUUUGCCGUAAAUACAACAUGAAUAACUGAUCGGUAAUAUAGACACCAUGUGUGAGGUCCAAUGUAGUGUUGGAGUAAACAUUUAUGACUAAUGUAACACCACCGUAACUCGUUUCCUAAUGGGGGAGGGGCGAAUGGUUAGCACGUACGCGCUGUAUCAUACAGUCUGUCAUUGAGUCAACUGGCGUGGUUUCGAUUCCACGGUUGUACGUGACAAGGAGUAGGAUCGCCUGUCCAACCUCGUGGGUUUUCUCCGGGCCCUCCAAUUUCCUCCUAUUGCCAAAGACCCGUACGCGCAAGCGAAUUAUUGAAAUAAAAUUGAACCAUGUGUUAGUCCCGAAAUGACCUAGUUUGUGUCGAGUGGACGUUAAACCCCAUGAGUUUCAAUUUCAAAAUGCAAUAUAUUUUCCAACGUGUAAUCAUAUUUUUAACCUAAACAUCAGAUUAAGGAGCUCAAAUUAACUCUAUUACGGACACAAACUCGAACACUAGCGCUAAACUUUUGUUCUGACCUCACCCAUUGUCUUCGGUGGCAUAUAGACGUCAAAGCAUGUCUCGCGCAUCUUUUAAUUUCUAGUUACCGGUACAUGUAAUUGGGGAAAUGUAAUUUGCUUCUACCGUUGAGUUAAGCAAUUGCUGCCCCGGCGUAUAUUCUAAAGCGAUUUAACGGUUAUAUGGCUCAGAAGAAGCUGUUUUAUUUAUUCCUUCAUAUUAAGCCUUUUUAUAAUUUGUUUUUAAUUCUUCUAUUAUUAAUUUUAUAUUAUAAUUAAAGCAUAGUGAAACAUAAAAAAA